AUGAUCUUCCCACCCCUGAUCACCCUCGGCCAAGCCAGUAGUCGCGACCCGAGCACAGCCAUCUUGUCCCAGGACCAGAAAAGCCCCUGCGACGGCGGCCGCCGUUACUGCGGCUGGUUCGAGAAGUCCAGCGAGACACUCCCGAAGCCCGAGUGUAGUUCGACGCAGAAGGUCAUUUGUGCCAGGAAUAGCAAGGAGUGGUGCGAUUACGACGAGAAUAACGAGCUGUGCAAGUCGGACGGCACAAACGUCGUCAUCAUAAUCGAGAUCGACAUCGAGGUCACCGUCAUAGAGCCGACCAUCGAGGAGGAGUGCAGCAAGCCCAAGUGCCCGGACUGCCAGACCAUACGGGAGGACGGCGAGUGCCACUACCCCUGCUUCCCGGAGGAGACGGUUGACACGUGCAAGAAGAAGGGCGGCAAGCCCGUGUGCGCGAAGACGCCGGACGAGUUCUGCGAGCUCUGCCAGGACGACGUGUUCAACUCGUUCCACUGCGUCGACGAGGACGAGGACGAGAGCGACUGCCUCGUGGGCGCGUACGCGGAUCUGGACCUGAACCUCUCCCUCUCGGUGCUGGGGUCCGGCUGCAUCGCCAACGGGGUCGGCUGCGUGCUCAACGACAAUAUUUGGGGCCAGCUCUACGUCGUCUGCGACGUUGUGGGUAUUCUCUGCAGCCUCCUUGAUGCUCUUCUUGGGCUGUGCUGA